AUGCGAGCUUUUAACCUCGUCGUAUCUCGAGUUCCUUUCUCUCCAGAAGAGAUAGAAGCAGCCUACUGCAGGCUCUUCGCUGAGAACCUGAUCGGACCAGCUCAAGAAUGGUUCUCAACGCUGGACGAAAACUCAAUCGAUAAUUUCGACCAGCUCCAAUCAGCCUUCCUAAAACAGUAUUCGAUCUUCAUCGAAUCUAAAAUUACGGAAGCAGACCUUUGGAGACUUUCUCAAGGUCCAAAGGAAUCACUUCGAUCUUACAUUGACAGAUUCAAAUCAGUCAAAGCUAAGAUCACAAACCCUAAUGAGGCAGUAGCUCUACUUGCCCUCAAAAACAACUUGUGGUACGAAUCGAAAUUUAGAGAAGAACUAACUGUUCGACCUACAAUUUCACUAGAUGACGCAUUACAUCGCGCAUCAGCAUUCGCAACUCUCGAGGAAGACACAGCUCUCCUCAGAGAAAAGUACCUCAAAGGGGAGCUCGCAUAUGCUCCACCAGGUGCUAAGAAAACUGCACCAGCUAAACCACCUUCGCAGAGUAAAGGACAACAUUCCUACUCUAUCGAAACUUCAGCUCCCAUAAAGAGCUCGGAGGAAGAAGAGAAACACUGCGAUAUUCACAAUACAAACGGCCAUUCCACAGAGGAAUGCCGUGCUAAAGGCAAAAAGUCUAGCAAAAAGAAGGGAAAAAGCAAAACAGCUGAAACCGCGGUUAAGGCCGAAAAGCCAAAACCCAAACCAGCUAAAGACUCCGACAACGCACCUCAGAAAAGAGAACGCGAAGUCGAGGUCGAAGCCCCGAUUCCCCUCCUUCUAACAGGAAAAGAAUCGACCUAA